AAGUUUAAAGACAGUGAGGAGAAUGAACAGGUUAAAGAGACCACGCUGCGGGAGCUGAAGAUGCUGCGGACCCUGAAACAGGAGAACAUCGUGGAACUCAAAGAGGCUUUCAGGAGGAGAGGGAAACUCUACCUGGUCUUUGAAUAUGUGGAGAGGGUCAGUGAAUACCUAGAGGAUUAACCUUUUCAGUGAUAAUGUUUAAUAAACCAGAAUAGUCUAGUCAGUAAAAAAAUGUCCACUACUUUCUAGGGAGUCCUGGGAUCCAAUGUUGGUUGGAUGAUAAGUAAUCAUGCGUGCAAUAUACUUAGCUACUGUUUAUGUCAUCAGUUAAACUUUUACACUUUUUAGAAUUUUGCCAAUAUUGCCAUAGUAUCUAACUUGUCAUUUCGUUUGGCUAAGGGGUUGGAUUUGUGGCAUAUGUUAUACAGAGCAUUAUGGGUAAUGUAGUUGUAGCUGUGAUUGACAGUAGUACUGUGGAUUCUGUGUUCCAGAACAUGCUGGAGUUGCUGGAGGAACUGCCUAACGGCGCACCACCUGACAAAGUGAGGAACUACAUCUACCAGCUGAUCAAAGCCAUCCACUGGUGCCAUAAGAAUGAGAUCGUACACAGAGGUGAGGAGCUCUUACCUUUACUGAAAGGAAGUCACCCUUUCCUUUCGUUAUGCUAAGAUAAUGUGUUUAGUCAGAGGCAGGGCCUCCCAGCAGAGAUGGUUUGGUCUGACUUUUGGUUUUGCCAAGUACCAGACUGCUGCCGUGUGUGAAAACUGGUCUCCUCUGUUUCUGCUCAGACAUCAAGCCUGAAAACCUCCUCAUCAGCUCUGAGGAUGUUCUCAAACUCUGUGAUUUUGGUAAGUAGAAUUUCUCAUUUCUAGCAUAGUUAUUAACUCAGUACAUUUGAUGUAUGACGAUCUCAAUGACGAUCUCAGUCUCCCUGGUCAGCAAUAGUCAGUAUCUGUCCAUGACUUCCUCUGUCUCACUCUGGCCUGGUUUCCUGUAGGCUUUGAGUCAGUAUCUGUCCAUGACUUCCUCUGUCUCUCUCUAGCCUGGUUUCCUGUAGGCUUUGAGUCAGUAUCUGUCCAUGACUUCCUCUGUCUCUCUCUGGCCUGGUUUCCUGUAGGCUUUGAGUCAGUAUCUGUCCAUGACUUCCUCUGUCUCUCUCUGGCCUGGUUUCCUGUAGGAUUUGAGUCAGUAUCUGUCCAUGACUUCCUCUGUCUCUCUCUGGCCUGGUUUCCUGUAGGCUUUGAGUCAGUAUCUGUCCAUGACUUCCUCUGUCUCUCUCUGGCCUGGUUUCCUGUAGGAUUUGCCCGCAACCUGUCAGAGGGAACUGAUGCCAACUACACUGAGUAUGUGGCCACUAGGUGGUACCGCUCUCCUGAACUACUGCUGGGGUGAGUCCCAUUAAACCUACUGGACGUGUUUGUGGGUGUGUAUGAGGCGCUGUGUGUGUGUGUAUUGGUGUAUGUGUGUGUGUGUUUGUAUUGGUGUGUGCAUUGGUUUGUGUGUGUGUUUGUAUUGGUGUGUGUGUGUGUGUGUGUGUGUGUGUGUACAUUGAUAAGUGUCUGUUUGUCUGCAUAGCUGUCAGUCCAUACAUAUAUCGUUCUCUGAAUAUUUCAAUGUGUCUAUGUCUAUAUGUGUCUGGUCUUGAUAAACCCUGGUUUAAUAUGUAUAGUACAGAGACAGUAAGGUUGCUGUGUCCGUUUCAUCUGCUAGAUAAUGGAACAUCAUGUGGUGGGGCUCCUUCCUCUCCCCCAGCAACUAAAUGAACUGCUACAUUUAUUGACACUUGGUAUUUGAAUUCCGCCCACGCAAAUAUUGUCUCUCUUCCUCUCUCUUCCUCACUCUUCCUCACUCUCAGCGGCUCUCUGCUGAAAAUGUGUCUUUCAGCCAGGCAGCUUCCUCUCUUCUCCUCUCAGCCAGCCUCUCUCGUUCUCUCUCUCUCUCGCUCUCUCUCUCUCUCUCUCUCUCUCUCUCUCUCUCUCUCUCUCUCUCUCUCUCUCUCUCUCUCUCUCUCUCUCUCUCUCUCUCUCUCUCUCUCUCUCAUUUCUGUCAUUGUGUUCAUCACCUUCUGCUGAAUCAACAUCAUCAUCAUCAUCAUCAUCAUCAUCUGUCCUUAUUAUUCUGUAUUUAAACAUCUUCUGGUUCAGUUUUGGAAAUGCAUCACCUCCCUCUCUCUCUCUCUCUCUCUCUCUCUCUCUCUCUCUCUCUCUCUCUGUAUCUAUCUCUCUCCCUCUACCUCCCUCUCCCCCUUCCACCCCAGGGCCCCCUAUGGUAAGGCGGUAGACAUGUGGUCAGUGGGCUGUAUCCUGGGGGAGCUGAGCGAUGGUCAGCCUCUGUUCCCAGGGGAGAGUGAGAUAGAUCAACUCUUUACCAUCCAGAAGGUUCUGGGUCCUCUACCUGCUGAACAGAUGAAGCUGUUCUACAACAACCCUCGCUUCCAUGGACUACGGGUAAGGUCAACUCUGGGGUCGAUCUGUUCAGCUGUUCUUUCCUCACCUCACACUCUACCUCCGCUUUCCUCUCUUCUCCCAUUUCUUCCUCUCUACCUCUACCUACCCCACCUCUCCCUCCCUCUCCAUUCUCUCUCCUCUCUAUCUAGCUCGUCUCUCUCCAUCUCCUUCCCUCUCUCUCUCUCCAUCUCUCCUCUCUCUCUUUCCCACCUAUCUCUCUGUGUGAAUCCUGAUGGCUAACUUCCCAGUGCGGUCCGUGACUGAGUGAAUUGACUCAUCAUGUUAUGCUGGUGUUCAGUCUUACUGUAGGAGAGAGAGAGAGAGAGAGAGAGAGAGGAGAGAGGAGAGGAGCAGAGAGAGAGAGGGAGAGAGAGGGGAGGAGAGAGAGAGGAGAGAGAGAGAGAUAGAGAGAGAGAGGAGAGAGAGAGAGGAGAGAGAGAGAGAGAGAGAGGAGAGGAGAGAGAGAGACUGAGGAGAGAGAGAUUGAGAGAGAGAGAGAGAGAGAGAGAGAGAGAGAGAAGAGAGAGAGAGACAGGUAGGCAGACAGACAGACAGACGCAUGCAUGUCCACCAGCCUCCUGAUGCACACACACAGAGAUCCAUGGGAGUGGUGGUAAUCAUGUAGCUGCUAUAGUGAGAGCUGAUGUUAGGCCCGUUGAUAGCAUGUCUGGCCUCAGACACAACAGUCAGCUAAUCCUCCUGUCAACUCCAAUCAGACAGAUCUGAAAGUGGAGGCCUGGAAUCUCAACAUAGACACUACACUCUGAAACCUCACAACUGUGUGUGUGUGUGUGUGUGUGUGUGUGUGUGGUGUGUGGUGUGUGUGUGUGUGUGUGUGUGUGGUGUGUGUGUGUGUGUGUGUGUGUGUGUGUGUUGUGUCAGCAGUUUCCAUCAGUGAAUCACCCUACAACCCUGGAGCGGAGGUACCUGGCCAUCCUGAGUGGCCUCAUGCUGGAUCUGAUGAAGGUAACACACACAGACACACACACAUAAAGACACACAGACACACAGAAACACACUUGAUGGGGCACUGAAUGUUCCGCCACAUUAUUGGUAUUGCCAGUAUUAGCACAUUCUGGGUCCUCCAGGCUCAAACUAGACUAGUCCUGCUAAUGGGAGGUAUUCUGGGUCCUCCAGGCUCAAACUAGACUAGUCCUGCUAAUGGAAGCUUUCUGAGUCCUCCAGGCUCAAACUAGACUAGCCCUGCUAAUGGAAGAUAUUCUGGGUCCUCCAGGCUCAAACUAAACUAGUCCUGCUAGCUAAUGUAUGUCUAUGACUAAAGCUGUGGGUUAGUCAGUACUCUGCUGUUAGCUAGGCCUGCAGUACAUCACACUUUCCUCAGGAGAUGAAUCGUGUGACAAACCCUCCCACCCAUCUCUCUGUCUCUGGAUCGACAUCGUGAAAAGCCACAACAAUCUUGUUAUUCUUAUCAUGGGCUGAGUCUCUGGCAUUUCAAUACAGCACGUGAUAAUGAAUUAACAAAUGUAACCGACAAAUGUAGAGCUCUGCUUUAAGAAUGCUGUAGCUCAGUUGGUAAUGCAUGGUGCUUGCAACGCCAGGGUUGUGGGUUCGAUUCCCACAGGGAACCUGUACAAAAAAAGUAUAAAAAUAUAUGAACUCACUACUGUAAGUGGCUCUGGAUAACAGUGUCUGCUAAAUUACUCAAAUAUAAAAAAUAUAUAUAUGUAAUGAAAAAACAGUAUUGUAUAUACAAAACAAUAAACUUUGUCAUGUCUACUCUGGCGCUCGUUGUCACCAUUACGCACACCUGCCAACCAUGGGACUCCAUCACGUCAUUGAUUUCCUCCCCUAUAUCUGUCAUUCCCCAGUCAGCAUUGAUGUUGUUAUGGUUCUGAUGUCCAGAUGCUAUUCUUGUUUUGUUUCAUGUUUAUUUAUUAAAUCCACACCCUGUACCUGCUUCUCGUCUCCCAGCGUCUGUCGUUACAAACUUGAAUGAUAGUUUAAUGAUAAUAAAGAAACUUUUGAUUGUGUUUUUUUUGGGGGGGGAUGCCUCAUGCAUGGAUAGAGUUUUGUGAUUGUUUUUUUUUUAUUGUCAAACUAUAAUAAAGAACUGUGUCCUAAACCUCUGUGGUCUGUCUCCUCCCUCACUAGAACCUGUUGUUGCUGGUCCCUUCUGACCGCUACCUGACAGAACACAGUCUGAACCACCCAGCCUUCCAGCCCCUCCGCCUCCUGGAGCAGCCCGCCCCAGCACCACCCUCCCCUAACCCCCCACGCUCCUCCAAGAGGAAGCCCCACAGCCACAUGGAGAACACCGUGCCCACCAGGUCAGCACUGUAGGGUGUUGUUGUUGGUGUUGAUGUUGUUGUUGUUCAGAACACCGUGCCCACCAGGUCAGCACUGUAGGGUGUUGUUGGUGUUGAUGUUGUUGUUGUUCAGAACACACUGCCCACCAGGUCAGCACUGCACUGGACACUACAAGGGGUCUGGUUAAGUUCUGGAUACUGCAUGGGGUCACAUCUGGCUUGUUGUUCUAGCACAGAUAAAACAAGCUACUUAGAUUUAUGGAUUACCUAUACAGUGCCUUGCAAAGGUAUUCAUCCCCCUUGGCGUUUUUCCUAUUUUGUUGCAUUACAACCUGUAAUUUAAAUGGAUUUUUAUUUGGAUUUCAUGUAAUGGACAUACACAAAAUAGUCCAAAUUCGUGAAGUGAAAUGAAAAAAAUUACUUGUUUCAAAAAAUUCUAAAAAAUUAAUAAUGGAAAAGUGGUGCGUGCAUAUGUAUUCACCCCCUUUGCUAUGAAGCCCCUAAAUAAGAUCUGGUGCAACCAAUUACCUUCAGAAGUCACAUAAUUAGUUAAAUAAAGUCACCUGUGUGCAGUCUAAGUGUCACAUGAUCUCAGUAUAUAUACACCUGUUCUGAAAGGCCCCAGAGUCAGUAUAUAUACACCUGUUCUGAAAGGCCCCAGAGUCAGUAUAUAUACACCUGUUCUGAAAGGCCCCAGAGUCUGCAACACCACUAAGUAAGGGGCACCACCAAGCAAGCGGCACCAUGAAGACCAAGGAGCUCUCCAAACAGGUCAGGGACAAAGUUGUGGAGAAGUACAGAUCAGGGUUGGGUUAUAAAAAAAUAUCUGAAACUUUGAACAUCCCACGGAGCACCAUUAAAUCCAUUAUAAAAAAAUGGAAAGAAUAUGGCACCACAACAAACCUGCCAAGAGAGGGCCGUCCACCAAAACUCACAGACCAGGCAAGGAGGGCAUUAAUCAGAGAGGCAACAAAGAGACCAAAGAUAACCCUGAAGGAGCUGCAAAGCUCCACCUCGGAGAUUGGAGUAUCUGUCCAUAGGACCACUUUAAGCCGUACACUCCACAGAGCUGGGCUUUACGGAAGAGUGGGCAGAAAUAGGCCAUUGCUUAAAGAAAAAAAUAAGCAAACACGUUUGGUGUUAGCCAAAAGGCAUGUGGGAGACUCCCCAAACAUAUGGAAGAAGGUACUCUGGUCAGAUGAGACAAAAAUUUAGCUUUUUGGCCAUCAAGGAAAACGCUAUGUCUGGUGCAAACCCAACACCUUUCAUCACCCCGAGAACCCCAUCCCCACAGUGAAGCAUGGUGGUGGCAGCAUCAUGCUGUGGGGAUGUUUUUGAUCGGCAGGGACUGGGAAACUGGUCAGAAUUGAAGGAAUGAUGGAUGGUGCUAAAUACAGGGAAAUUCUUGAGGGAAACCUGUUUCAGUCUUUCAGACAUUUGAGACUGGGACGGAGGUUCACUUUCCAGCAGGACAAUGACCCUAAGCAUACUGCUAAAGCAACACUCGAGUGGUUUAAGGGGAAACAUUUAAAUGUCUUGGAAUGGCCUAGUCAAAGCCCAGACCUCAAUCCAAUUGAGAAUCUGCGGUAUGACUUAAAGAUUGCUGUACACCAGCGGAACCCAUCCAACUUGAAGGAGCUGGAGCAGUUUUGCCUUGAAGAAUGGGCAACAAUCCCAGUGGCUAGAUGUGCCAAGCUUAUAGAGACAUACCCCAAGAGACUUGCAGCUAUAAUUGCUGCAAAAGGUGGCUCUACAAAGUAUUUACUUUGGGGGGGUGAAUAGUUAUGCACGCUCAAGUUUUCUGUUUUUUGUCUUAUUUCUUGUUUGUUUCAGAAAAAAAAAUAUUUUGCAUCUUCAAAGUGGUAGGCAUGUUGUGUAAAUCAAAUGAUACAAACCUCCAAAAAAUCAAUUUUAAUUCCAGGCUGUAAGGCAACAAAAUAGGAAAAAUUCCAAGGGGGGUGAAUACUUUCACAAACCACUGUACAUGUACCUUAUCUCUCAAUCUCAAUAUCUCUCGAUCUUAUACCCCCCCCCCCCCCCCCCCAGAAGCCACGGCAGUAAGAGCUCAGGUCACCGUCACUCUAACAGUAAGGAAUGUUCCAGCCUGCCUCGCCAUGGCGACCUUCUCCUAGGCAACGACAGCUUCCUGAACGGCAACAAGCCUGUGUCGUCCAGCCUGAGCCCCACUCUCCACCCCAAGGCCUACAUGACCCAGACCCUCAACCGCUCCGUCUCCUAUAGUAAGGACUUGGUCAACAACAACAUGCCACACCUGCUCAGCCCCAAGGACACCAAGGUAAACAGCAUCAGGACCCCGACUUUCAUUGACUUAUUCAAACAAACUUGUUUACAUCAAUUGUAUUCAUUUAGUUUUUCUCUAACUGUCUAUGUCCUGACCAGUGCAGUCGUGGUCAAAAGUUUUGAGAAUGACACAAGUUUUGGUCUUCACAAUGUUCGCUGCUUUAGUGUUAUGAGAUAUUUUUGUCAGAUGUUACUAUGGUAUACUGAAGUAUAAUUACAAGCAUUCCAUAAGUGUCAAAGGCUUUUAUUAACAAUUACAUUAAGUUUAUGCAAAGAGUCAAUAUUUGCAGUGUUGACCCUUCUUUUUCAAGACCACUGCAAUCCGGCCUGGCAUGCUGUCAAUUAACUUCUGGGCCACAUCCUGACUGAUGGCAGCCCAUUCUUGCAUAAUCAAUGCUUGGAGUUUGUCAGAAUUUGUGUGGUUUUGUUUGUCCACCCGCCUCUUGAGGAUCGACCACAAGUUCUCAAUGGGAUUAAGGUCUGGGGAGUUUCCUGGCCAUGGACCCAAAAUCUUAAAUAAACAUGCCCCAUUCAAAAAAUACAGAACUAAGAACCGAUAUAGCCCCUGGUUCUCCUCAGACUUGACUGCCCUUGACCAGCACAAAAACAUCCUGUGGCGUACAGCAUUAGCAUCAAAUAGCCCCCGCGAUAUGCAACUUUUCAGGGAAGUUAGGAACCAAUAUACACAAGCAGUCAGGAAAGCAAAGGCUAACUUUUUCAAACAGAAAUUUGCAUCCUGUAGCACUAACUCCAAAAAGUUUUGGGACACUGUAAAGUCCAUGGAGAAUAAGAGCACUUCCUCCCAGCUGCCCACUGCACUGAGGCUAGGAAACACUAUCACCACCGAUAAAUCUACAAUAAUCGAGAAUUUCAACAAGCAUUUUGCUACAGCUGGCCAUGCUUUCCAUCUGGCUACCACCAACCCGGCCACCAACUCUGCACCCUCUGCUGCAACUUGCCCAUGCCCCCCCCCCCGCUUCUCCUUCACACAAAUUCAGACAGCUGAUGUUUUGAAAGCGCUGCAAAAUCUGGACCCCUACAAAUCAGCUGGGCUAGACAAUCUGGACCCUUUCUUUCUAAAACUAGCCGCCGAAAUUGUCGCAACCCCUAUUACUAGUCUGUUCAACCUCUCUUUCAUAACGUCUGAGAUCCCCAGAGAUUGGAAAGCUGCCGCGGUCAUCCCCCUCUUCAAAGGGGGUGACACUCUAGAUCCAAACUGCUACAGACCUAUAUCCAUCCUGCCCUGCCUUUCGAAAGUAUUUGAAAGCCAAGUUAACAAACAGAUCACCGACCAUUUCGAAUACCACCGUACCUUCUCCGCUAUGCAAUCCGGUUUCCGAGCUGGUCACGGGUGCACUUCAGCCACGCUCAAGGUCCUAAACGAUAUUAUAACCACGAUUGAUAAUAGACAGUACUGUGCAGCCGUCUUCAUCGACCUGGCCAAGGCUUUCGACUCUGUCAACCACCGCAUUCUUAUUGGCAGACUAAAUAGCCUUGGUUUCUCAAAUGACUGCCUCGCCUGGUUCACCAACUACUUCUCAGAUAGAGUUCAGUGUGUCAAAUCGGAGGGCCUGUUGUCUGGACCUAUGGCAGUCUCUAUGGGGGUGCCACAGGGUUCAAUUCUUGGGCCGACACUUUUCUCCGUGUAUAUCAAUGAUGUCGCUCUUGCUGCUGGUGACUCUCAGAUCCACCUCUACGCAGACGACACCAUUUUGUAUACAUCUGGCCCUUCAUUGGACACUGUGUUAACAAACCUCCAAACGAGCUUCAAUGCCAUACAACAAUCCUUCAGUAGCCUUCAACUGCUCUAAAACACUAGUAAAACUAAAUGCAUGCUUUUCAAUCGAACGCUGCUAGCACCCGCCCACCCGACUAGAAUCACCACUCUCGACGGGUCUGACCUAGAGUAUGUGGACAACUACAAAUAUCUAGGUGUCUGGUUAGACUGUAAACUCAACUUCCAGACUCACAUAAAGAAUCUCCAAUCCAAAGUUAAAUCUAGAAUCGGCUUCCUAUUUCGCAACAAAGCCUCCUUCACUCAUGCUGCCAAACAUGCCCUCGUAAAACUGACUAUCCUACCGAUCCUUGACUUCGGCGAUGUCAUUUACAAAAUAGCCUCCAACACUCUACUCAGCAAAUUGGAUGUAGUCUAUCACAGUGCCAUCCGUUUUGUCUCCAAAGCCCCAUACACUACCCACCACUGUGACCUGUACGCUCUUGUUGGCUGGUCCUCACUACAUGUUCGUCGUCAAACCCACUGGCUCCAGGCCAUCUAUAAAUCACUGCUAGGCAAAUCCCCGCCUUAUCUUAGCUCAUUGGUCACCAUAGCAGCACCCACCCGUAGUCUGCGCUCCAGCAGGUAUAUCUCACUGGUCAUUCCCAAAGCCAACACCUCCUUUGGCCGCCAUUCCUUCCAGUUCUCUGCUGCCAAUGACUGGAACGAAUUGCAAAAAUCUCUGAAGCUGGAGACUUUUAUCUCCCUCAAUAACUUUAAGCAUCAGCUGUCAGAGCACCUUACCGAUCACUGCACCUGUACACAGCCCAUCUGAAAUUAGCCCACCCAACUACCUCAUCCCUAUAUUGUUAUUUAUUUUGCUCUUUUGCACCCCAGUAUCUCUAUUUGCACAUCAUCUCUUGCACAUCUAGCAUUCCAGUGUUAAUACUAUUGUAAUUAUUCUGCACUAUAGCCUAUUUAUUGCCUUACCUCCAUAACUUGCUACAUUUGCACACACUGUAUAUAUAUUUUCUGUUGUAUUUCUGACUUUAUGUUUUUUUUUUUUUUUACCCCAUAUGUAACUCUGUGUUGUUUUUAUUGCACUACUUUGCUUUAUCUUGGCCAGGUCGCAGUUGUAAAUGAGAACCUGUUCUCAACUGGCUUACCUGGUUAAAUAAAGGUGAAAUAAAAAAUAAAUAAAAAAAUAAAAAAUGUUGAUGUUCUGUUCCCCGAGCCACUUAGUUAUCACUUUUGCCUUAUGGCAAGGUGCUCCAUCAUGCUGGAAAAUGCAUUGGUCGUCACCAAACUGUUCUUGGAUGGUUGGGAGAAGUUGCUCUUGGAGGAUGUGUUGGUACCAUUCUUUAUUCAUGGCUGUGUUCUUAGGCAAAAUUGUGAGUGAGCCCACUCCUUGGCUGAGAAGCAACCUGGUCUCAGGAUGCUUUACUGUUGGCAUGACACAGGACUAAUGGUAGCGCUCACCUUGUCUUCUCCGGAUAAGGUGUUUUCCGGAUGCCCCAAACAAUCGGAAAGGGGAUUCAUCAGAGAAAAUGACUUUAUCCCAGUCCUCAGCAGUCCAAUCCCUGUACCUUUUGAAGAAUAUCAGUCUGUCCCUGAUGUUUUUCCUGGAGAGAAGUGGCUUUUUUGCUGCCCUUCUUGACACCAGGCCAUCCUCCAAAAGUCUUCGCCUCACUGUGCGUGCAGAUGCACUCACACCUGCCUGCUGCCAUUCCUGAGCAAGCUCUGCACUGGUGGUGCCCCGAUCCCGCAGCUGAAUCAACUUUAGGAGACGGUCCUGGCACUUGCUGGACUUUCUUGGGCGCCCUGAUGCCUUCACAACAAUUGAACCUCCUUUAAGUUCUUGAUGAUCCGAUAAAUGGUUGAUUUAGGUGCAAUCUUACUAGCAGCAAUAUCCUUGCCUGUGAAGACCUUUUUGUGCAAAGCAAUGAUGACGGCACGUGUUUCCUUGCAGGUAACCAUGGUUAACAGAGGAAGAACAAUGAUUUCAAGCACCACCCUCCUUUUAAAGCUUCCAGUCUGUUAUUCUAACUCAAUCAGCAUGACAGAGUGAUCUACAGCCUUGUCCUCGUCAACACUCUCACCUGUGUUAACGAGAGAAUCACUGACAUGAUGGCAGCUGGUCUUUUGUGGCAGGGCUGAAAUGCAGUGGAAAUGUUUUUGGGGGAUUAAGUUAAUUUUCAUGGCAAAGAGGGACUUUGCAAUUAAUUGCAAUUCAUCUGAUCACUCUUCAUGACAUUCUGGAGUAUAUGCAAAUUGCCAUCAUCAAAACCGAGGCAGCAGACUUUGUGAACAUUUUUAUUUGUGUCAUUCUCAAAACUUUUGACCACGACUGUAUGUUCAUAUUAAUGCACAAGGCUGCAGACUCCAUGGGGACAAUAAAGUCAUUAAUUAUCUUGUCUUAUUUUAUCUUCUCUUUAUUUUAAAGGGCACGACACAGUUUGACUUCAACCUGGUUGGUGUUGGGCCCCCAGGGGCCAAGGCUCCUGACCAGCAGGGCCCUGGAGCUAUGUAUGUGAAGUCCACCUCCCGUUCUCAGCAGCAGCAACAGCAAGGUCAGGGGUCAUCCUACUGAAACAUUCACAUAAGAUGAAUACAUACCAGUUCCUUAAUACUUAAAAUGAAAACUGCUAUAGACUAGAAUCCUGUCCAGGGGGUAUACUUGAACAGCUGCCUUACUCUACAGAAACAGGAGAGAGGCUCCUGCCCUAUGGGCCGUUCUGGUUCACUAUACAGAAAUAGGAUAUACGCUCCUGCCCUAUGGGCCGUUCUGGUUCACUCUACAGAAACAGGAGAGAGGCUCCUGCCCUAUGGGCCGUUCUGGUUCACUACAGAAACAGGAUAUACGCUCCUGCCCUAUGGGCCGUUCUGGUUCAUGCUACAGAAACAGGAGAGAGGCUCCUGCCCUAUGGGCCGUUCUGGUUCACUCUACAGAAACAGGAGAGAGGCUCCUGCCCUAUGGGCCGUUCUGGUUCACUCUACAGAAACAGGAGAGAGGCUCCUGCCCUAUGGGCCAUUCUGGUUCACUCUAACAGAACAGGAGAGAGGCUCCUGCCCUAUGGGGCCGUUACUGGUUCACUCUACAGAAACAGGAGAGAGGCUCCUGGCCCUAUGGGCCGUUCUGGUUCACUCUACAGAAACAGAGGAGAGGCUCCUGCCCUAUGGGCCGUUCUGGUUCAUGCUACAGAAAUAGGAUAUACGCUCCUGCCCUUAAUGGGCCCGUUUCUGGGUUCAUGUGCUACGAUAAUAGGAUAUACUCACAGCGUCAGCCGUCGGGAUUUUCGCGUCACUCCGGUUCGUCUGUCUCUGUCGUUUCCUGCCACUAUGGGCCGUUUUCUGGUUCAACUCUACAGAAACAUGAGAGAGGCACCUGCCCCUAUGGGCCGUUCUGGUCCAUCUAGCAGAAACAUGAAGAGGCACCUGCCCUAUGGGCCGUUCUGGUUCACUACAGACACAGGAGAUAGGCUCCUGCCGCUUAAAUGGCCGUUCUGGUUCUUCUACAAAACGGAGAGAGGCAUGUAGGCCUGCCCUAUGGGCCGUUUUCUGGUUUCACUCUACAGAAACAGGAGAGAGCGUCCUGCCCUAUGGCCGUUUCUGGUCCACUCUACAGAACAGGAGAGAGGGCUCCUGCCCGAUGGGUGCCGUUCUGGUCCACUCUAAAAACAGGAGAUAGGCUCCUGCCCUAUGGGCCGUUCUGGUUCACUCUACAGAAACAGGAGAGAGGCACCUGCCCUAUGGGCCGUUCUGGUUCACUCUACAGAAACAGGAGAGAGGCUCCUGCCCUAUGGGCCGUUCUGGUUCAUGCUACAGAAAUAGGAUAUACGCUCCUGCCCUAUGGGCCGUUCUGGUUCACUCUACAGAAACAGGAGAGAGGCACCUGCCCUAUGGGCCGUUCUGGUCCACUCUACAGAAACAGGAGAGAGGCACCUGCCCUAUGGGCCGUUCUGGUUCACUACAGAAACAGGAUAUACGCUCCUGCCCUAUGGGCCGUUCUGGUUCAUCUACAGAAACAGAGAGAGGCUCCUGCCCUAUGGGCCGUUCUGGUUCACUUCUACAGAAACAGGAGAGAGGCUCCUGCCCUAUGGGCCGUUCUGGUUCACUCUACAGAAACAGGAGAGAGGCUCCUGCCCUAUGGGCCGUUCUGGUUCACUCUACAGAAACAGGAGAGAGGCUCCUGCCCUAUGGGCCGUUCUGGUUCACUCUACAGAAACAGGAGAGAGGCUCCUGCCCUAUGGGCCGUUCUGGUCCACUCUACAGAAACAGGAGAGAGCCUCCUGCCCUAUGGCCGUUCUGGUUCACUCUACAGCAAAACAGGAGAUAUCUCCUGUCCCUAUGUUCGGUUUCGGUUUCAAUGCUACAGAAAUAGGAUAUACGCUCCUGCCCUAUGGGCCGUUCUGGGUCAACAAUGCUCAGAAAUGAGGAUAUACGCCCUCCUGCCCUAAUGUGCCGUUCUGGUUCACUCAACAGAAACGAACCCGAGGAGAGAGCAGACCUGCCCUAAUUGGCCGUUCUGGUCCACUCUAAGAAACAGGAGAGAGGCACCUGCCCUAUGGGCCGUUCUGGUUCACUCAAGAAACAGGAGAGAGAGGCUCCUCCUGCCCUUGCCCUUCUGGUUCAUUCUACAGAACAGGAGAUAGGCUUCCUCCCUAUUGGGCCGGUCUGUUCACUCUACAGAAAAUCAGGAGAGAGGCUCCUGCCCUAUGGGCCUUUCUGGUCCACCUACGAAACAGAGAUAGCUCUUCCUGCCCUAUGGGCCGUUCUGGUCCACUCUACAGAAACAGGGAGAGGCUCCUGCCCUAUGGGCCGUUCUGGUUCCCUUACAGAAACAGGAGAGAGGCUCCGGCCCUAUGGGGCCAUUCUGGGUUCAUCUACAGAAAAGGAGAGAGGCUCCUGCCCUAUGGGCCGUUCUGGUUCAUCUACAGAAACAAGGAGAGAGGCCCUGCCCUAUGGGCCGUUUCUGGUCACUCUACAGAAACAGAGAGAGGCACCUGCCCUAUGGGCCGUUCUGGUUCCAUCUACAGAAACAGGAGAUGGCUCCCUGCCUAUGGGCCGUUCUGGUUCAGCUACAGAAACAGGAUAGAGGCUCCUGCCCUAUGGGCCGUUCUGGUUCACUCUACAAAACAGGAGAGAGGCUCCUGCCCUAUGGGCCUUUCUGGUUCACUCUCAGAAACAGGAGAGAGGCUCCUGCCCAUGGGGCCGUUCUGGUUCACACUCUACAGAAACAGGAGAGAGGCUCCUGCCCUAUGGGCCGUUGCUGGGUCCACUCUACAGAACGAGGAGAGAGGCUCUGCCCUAUGUCCGUUCUGGUUACUCUACAGAAACAGGAUAGAGGCUCCUGCCUUGGGCCGGUUUCUGUUCAUGCACAGAAAAGGAUAUCCGCUCCUGCCCCUAUGGGCCGUUCUGGUUCAUGCUACGAAAAGAUCUACGCUCCUGCCCUAGUGCCGUUCUGGUUCAACUCACAGAAACAGGAGAGAGGGCACCUGCCCUAUGGGCCCGUUCUUGUUCCACUCUACGAAACAGGAGAGAGGCACCUGUGCCCUAUGGGCCGUUUCUGGUUCACGUACAGAACAGGAAGAGGCUCCUGCUCCUAUGGGCCGUUUCUGGUUUCAUUCUACAGAAACGGAAGAGGCUCCGCCUAUGGUCCGUUUCUGGUUCACUCUACAGAAACAGAGAGAGGCUCCUGCCCCUAUGGCCGUUUCUGGUCAACUCAUACAGACACAGGAGAGAGGCUCCUGCCCCUAUGGGGCCCUUCUGUCCCUCUACAGAACAGGAGAGAAGCUCCUGCCCUAUGGGUCGUUCUGGUUCCCCUUCUACAGAACCAGGAGAGAGGCUCCUGCCCUAUGGGCCUUGUUCUGGUUCACUCUACAGAAACAGGAGAGGGCAACCUGCCCCUAUGGGCGUUCUGGUUCCUACAGAAACAGGGAGAGAGGCGUCCUGCCUAUGGGCCAUUCUGUUUCAUGUCUACAGAAAAUAGGAUAUACGCUCCUGCCCUAGGCCUUUCUGGUUCCCUCUACAAAACAGGAGAGAGGCACCUGCCCUCUGGGCCGUUCUGGUCCACUCUACAGAAACAGGAAGAAGGCACCUGCCCUAGUGGGCCGUUCUGGUUUCACUACAGCAAACAGAGAGAGGGCUUCCUGCCUAGGGGCCGUUCGGGUUCACUCUAACAGACACAGGAGAGAGGCUCCUUCCCUAUGGCCGUUCUGGUUCACACUCACAGAAAACAGGAAGAGAUCCGGCCCUAUGCCGUUCUUGAUUCACUCUACAGAAACAGUAUAGAGGCUUCCUGCCCUAUGGGCGUUCUGGUCCACCUAGACAAGAACAGAGAGAGGCUCCUGCCCUAUGGGCCGUUCUGGUCCACUCUACAGAAACAGAUAGAAGCUCCUCCCUAUGGUCCUUUCUGUUCCACUUCUACAGAAACAAGAGAGGGCUCCGCCCUAUGGUCCGUUCUGGUUCACUCUAACCGAACAUGAGAGAGGCACCUGCCCUAUGGGCCGUUCUGGUUCACUACCGAACAGACUAGAGCUCCUGCCCUUGGGCCAUUUCUGGUUCAUCACAUGCUACAGAAAUGGAUAUCGCUCCUGCCUAUGGCCGUUCUGGUUCAACUCGACAGAACAAUGAGAGAGGCACCUGCCCCUAUGGGCCGUUCUGGUCCCACUCCUACAGUCAAACAGGAGAGAGGCAUCUGCCCUAUGGGCCGUUCUGUUCACUACAGACCAGGAGAGAGGCUCCUGCCCUAUGGCCUUCCUGGUUCCUCUACAGAACAGAGAGAGGCUCCUGCCCUAUGGGCCGUUCUGGUUCACUCUACAGAAACAGGAGAGAGGCUCCUGCCCUAUGGGCCGUUCUGGCUCAGGCAAGACUACUUACUUAUAUAUAAAAAGAACUGGCAAUACAAAAGUAAAGCACACCCUUGAUGAAAAUGUAUUGAAAUUACACUGCAACACAAUACUAAUACAAUAAAUGCAUUGCAACCCAUUUUUUACAUUUGAACAUUUCCAGUAGGGCAGGGACGACACUCUUCCUUUCUGGAGGGCAAGACCAAUACCAUGGAGAAACAACAUGGCCGCCACGGUGGACACAACAUAGACUCCACCCACAGCUCCUCCAAGAGUUCCAGCUCCUACCUGAGCCUGUCCAAGAGCCACAGCGCCCUGAGCAACAACGCCAAGUCUGUGGGUGGUAAUCCUGGUGAUGGGGUGAGGGGCAUGCACCCUGACGACCCUAUCGCAAACCGUGGAACUCGGCCCUCUUCUUGUCCAGCCAUCUCAUGAUAAACCAGUUAGAGAAGAGCUGUCAGGGAAUGGUUAACCUAGAGAGAGAGAGAGCUGUAAGGGAAGGGUUAACCUAUAUAUAUAGAGAGAGAGCUGUCAGGGAAGGGUUAACAUAUAUUUAUAUAUAUAUAUAGAGAGAGAGCUGUCAGGGAAGGGUUAACCUAGAGAGAGAGCUGUCAGGGAAUGGUUAACCUAGAGAGAGAGAGCUGUCAGGGAUUGGUUAACCUAGAGAGAGAGAGAUGUCAGGAACUUGUGUUAACCUAGAUAAGAGAGAGCUGGUCAGUGGAAUGGUUUAACCUUUCGAUAGCUCAAGUGGUAUUUCGUCACUGUGGUCCGGAGUCUCGUCAAGGUACUCGUGUCGUACUUGUUUUCUCCAGUCUCUUCAUUGGGCGCCAAUGUAGAGCGACCGUGGGCGCGAGUGCUGUCAUGUGCUGUCAGGGAAUGGUCACCUAUAGGAGAGAGAGCUGUCAGGGAAAUGGUUAAAACCUAGAGAGAGAGAGAGCUGUCAGGGAAUGGUUAACCUAUAUAUAUAGAGAGAGAGCUGUCAGGGAAGGGUUAACCUAUAUAUAUAGAGAGAGAGAGAGCUUGUCAGGGAAGGAGAGCUGUCAGGAAAUGGUUAACAUAGAAAGAGAGAGCUGUCAGGAAAUGGUUAAACUAGAGAGAGAGAGAGCUGUAAGGGAAGGGUUAACCUAUAUAUAUAGAGAGAGAGCUGUCAGGGAAGGGUUAACAUAUAUUUAUAUAUAUAUAUAGAGAGAGAGAGAGCUGUCAGGGAAGGGUUAACCUAGAGAGAGAGCUGUCAGGGAAUGGUUAACCAGAAGAGAGGAGGCUGUCAUGGAAAUGGUUAAUCUAGAGAGAGAGAGAGCUGUCAGGAAAUGGUUAACCUAGAGAGAGAGAGAUGUCAGGGAAUGGUUAACCUAGAGAGAGCGAGAGAGCUGUCAGGGAAUGGUUAACCCUAGAUAGAGGAGAGCUGUCAGGAAUUGGUGUAACCUAGAGAGAGAAGAUGUAGGAAGUGUUCACCUAAGAGAGAGAGAGAGAGCUGUCAGGGAAUGGUUAACCUAGAGAGGGAGAGAGAGAGAGAGAGAGAGCUGUCAGGGAAUGGUUAACCUAGAGAGAGAGAGCUGUCAAUGAAUGGUUAACCUAGAGAGAGAGAGCUGUCAGGGAAUGGUUAACCUAGAGAGAGAGAGCUGUCAGGGAAUGGUUAAUGAAUGUAGCUUAGUCUCCAACAUUCAAGGGCAUGCUAACUUAUUGAUCUUGUGUAGUCUUGGUGAUGGUGUGUAUUUGGAAAUGUGUCUCCUGAGGCCAGGUGAACAUUGUAUUCUCGUUGAGAAUUUGAGGUUUAUGUAGGUCCGACGGCUAGUUAAUACAGUUGAAGUUGGAAGUUUACAUACACCUUAGCCAAAUACAUUUAAACUCAGUUUUUCACAAUUCCUGACAUUUAAUCCUAGUAAAAAUUCCCUGUUUUAGGUCAGUUAGGAUCACCACUUUAUUUUAAGAAUGUGAAAUGUCAGAAUAAUAGUAGAGAGAAUUAUUUAUUUCAGCUUUUAUUUCUUUCAUCACAUUCCCAGUGGGUCAGACGUUUACAUACACUCAAUUAGUAUUUGGUAGCAUUGCCUUUAAAUUGUUUCACUUGGGUCAAACGUUUCGGUUAGCCUUCCACAAGCUUCCCACAAUAAGUUGGGUGAAUUUUGGCCCAUUCCUCCUGACAGAGCUGGUGUAACUGAGUCAGGUUUGUAGGCCUCCUUGCUCGCACACGCUUUCUCAGUUCUGCCCACAAAUGUUCUAUAGGAUAGGUCAGGGCUUUGUGGCCACUCCAAUACCUUGACUUUGUUGUCCUUAAGCCAUUUUGCCACAACUUUGGAAGUAUGCUUGGGGUCAUUGUCCUUUUGGAAGACCCAUUUGCGACCAAGCUUUAACUUCCUGACUGAUGUCUUCAGAUGUUGCUUCGAUAUAUCCACAUAAUUUUCCUUCCUCAUGAUGCCAUCUAUUUUGUGAAGUGCACCAGUCCCUCCUGCAGCAAAGCACCCCCACAGCAUGAUGCUGCCACCCCCAUCCUUCACGGUUGGGAUGGUGUUCUUCGGCUUGCAAGUUACCCCCUUUUUCCUCCAAACAUAACGAUGGUCAUUAUGGCCAAACAGUUCUAUUUUUGUUUCAUCAGACCAGAGGACAUUUCUCCAAAAAGUACGAUCUUUGUCCCCAUGUGCAGUUGCAAAUCGUAGUCUGGCUUUUUUAAGGCAGUUUUGGAGCAGUGGCUUCUUACUUGCUGAGCGGCCUUUCAGGUUAUGUCGAUAUAGGACUCGUUUUACUGUGGAUAUAGAUACUUUUGUACCUGUUUCCUCCAGCAUCUUCACAAGGUCCUUUGCUGUUGUUCUGGGAUUGAUUUGCACUUUUCGCACCAAAGUACGUUCAUCUCUAGGAGACAGAACGCGUCUCCUUCCUGAGCGGUAUGACGGCUGCGUGGUCCCAUGGUGUUUAUACUUGUGUACUAUUGUUUGUACAGAUGAACGCGGUACCUUCAGGCGUUUGGAAAUUGCUCCCAAGAAUGAACCAGACUUGUGGAGGUCUACAAUUUUUUUUCUGAGGUCUUGGCUGAUUUAUUUUGAUUUUCCCAUGAUGUCAAGCAAAGAGGCACUGAGUUUGAAGGUAGGCCUUGAAAUACAUCCACAGGUACACCUCCAAUAGGCUAAUUGACAUAAUUUGAGUCAAUCAGAAGCUUCUAAAGCCAUGACAUAAUUUUCUGGAAUUUUCCAAGCUGUUUAAAGGCACAGUCAACUUAGUGUAUGUAAAUUUCUGACCCACUGGAAUUGUGAUACAGUGAAUUAUAAGUUAAAUAAUCUGUCUGUAAACAAUUGUUGGAAAAAUUACUUGUGUCAUGCACAAAGUAGAUGUCCUAACCGACUUGCCUAAACUAUAGUUUGUUAACAAGAAAUGUUUGGAGUGGUUGAAAAAAUAGUUUUAAUGACUCCAACCUAAGUGUAUGCAAACUUCCGACUUCAACUGUAUGUGUGUUGUUGUACUCAUGGUUGAGCUAACUCUAUAUGUUAUUUCAGCUGCCUGGACCUGAACCUCAACGCCCCCCCUGGAAGUCCCCAGGCCCCCCGCCACAGCGAACGCCACUCUUCUGGCCACGCCCCCCCUGGAAGUCCCCAGGCCCCCCGCCACAGCGAACGCCACUCUUCUGGCCACGCCCCCCCUGGAAGUCCCCAGGCCCCCCGCCACAGCGAACGGCACUCUUCUGGCCACACCUCCAGCCACACCGGCCACUCCUCCGGCCACAGCCCCUCGUCCCGCAGCAACAACCCCCGCCUGGAGAGCUCCACCCUGGACUCAUCCUGCCGACGCACUUCCUCCUCCAGACACAAAGCUCCAGAGGAGGCCAAGGCCCCGGGCCCGGAGCUUCUUGACCCAGGAGGAGAAGGGGACGGUGGGGGGAACCAUGGAGCUCACACCCUGGCCUCCCCCCAUGAGUCAUACCCCUACGGCCUGGGCUACACCAGUCCUUUCUCUUCCCAGCAGAGGCCCCACCGCCACUCCAUGUACGUGAGGAGGAGUGAGCGCCACAGGCCCCACGGAGGUGGGGGUGGAGGGGGUAGUGAGGGGGGCUUAGUGGUGGGGCAGGGGUUGCCCACCAGGGCUAGCAGUCUGCAGAUGCUCUCCCCCCAGCUUCAGCACCGCACCCUCACCAGACACUCCGUAGGACACUCUGUGGGAUCGUCCAGAGAGGAUUGCACUGACGACAUGGUCAGGGUCAGUGGCAAUAAUUGACUGACAGCAGUCAUUGUGUGUGUGUGUGCGUGCGUGUAUGUGUGUGUGUGUGUGUGUGUGUGUGUGUGUGUGUGUGUGCGUGCGUGCGUGUGUGUGUGAGUGUCUGUGUAUCUCUCUUUGAGGCAGAAUCGUAGCUACCUGGCCUAACUCUCAUUAUUGCUAAUGUACUGUCUCUCUCCUGAUCUCUCUCUCUCACACACACACACACACACACACACUGCUGCUUCAUACUGUCUGCCUCACAUGCUAUAUCUGUCUGUCUGUGUCUGUCUGUCUAUCUGUAUCUGUCUGUCUGUCUGUCUAUCUGUCUGUCCAUCUGGUCUACAGAGUGAGCCGUCUUCUAAAGAGGUGGUGACCUCUCACCCCCGACCCCAGAUUAAAGACUCCACGCGGGACAACCCGGCCUCCUUUCACUCACAACGCCCUGCUAAGAACGAGGUCCAUAGCUUUUUCUGUUGUUCAGCACAGGCUGAUUUCACCGCUUACCGCCUGGCUGCUGAAUGCUUCUAUCAGUGUUUUAUCUGCACUGUGUCUAUCACUGAGAGCUGCUAAACGUGGCAUCACUGAACUGAAUGGGUUUAAUGGGAAAUAAACAAUGAUAAAAAUGUAGGAGUGAGAUAUCAUCUUUGGGAAAGUAACGAGGGAAGACAUUGUGUGAAAAGAGCUCAUGUUAGAUCUUGCUACAGAAACAUGAUAAUUGGAUCAAUAAGCAUGGCUCAACAUAGUAUUUCCAACUGUGCUGUGUUUGUGGUGUACUGUAGGUACCAGUGGGUAUGUACCAUGAGCCCCACCCAGAGGACCCAGUCUCCUCCAAGGAGAACCGGAUGAUCUUCAGUGACUCCAUGCCCAGACGGGUAGGAAGCUUCUACAGAGGUACGUAGAGAGAGAGAGAGAGACAGAGAGAGAGAGAGAGAGAAACACUGUAUAUAUACAUAAUAUGACAUUUGAAAUGUCUUUAUUCUUUUGAAACUUCUGAGUGUAAUGUUUACUGUUAAUAUUUAUUGUUUAUUUCACUUUUGUGUGGAAACAUACGUUAACCAUGCCAAUAAAGCCCUUCAAUUGAAUUGAGAGAGAGAGAGAGAGAGAGAGAGAGAGAGAGAGAGAGAGAGAGAGAGAGAGAGAGAGAGAGAGAGAGAGAUCCUUCUCUGAAAGUUUCUUCUUCUCUUUGUGUUCCAGUGCCCUCUCCCAGGCCAGACAACUCCUCGUCCUUCCAUGAUGGUGGAGCUCAGAGGGAGAGCAGAGGACCGCCGGGGCCAGGGGACCCAGGUGUCAUGAACAACCACUCCAAACGCCAGACUGCCUUUGACUGGUGA